AUGACCAGUAGUAACGACGAUUCCAGAUCAUUCAAAUCUCUACCACGUAAUUUAUCAGCUAUAAUAUUUGGGAAUACCCUUACGGAAAACUCAGCAUCGGCUUCAGGUUCAUCAUCGACCAGAAUGGGUAUUAACGAGAAUACACCUCUUCUCUCUGACGGAAACGGUAAUGGGAAUAACCAACCUAUGAGUAGUUGGACUACGGGUGAAUUAGAUGAGAAUGAUGUUGACCAUGAUGGUGAAGAAGGAGGAUUGAUAAAAGAUGAUAGGAAACCGAAGAGGAAAACAAGCACUACAAUCGCAUAUGCGAACAAAAUAAAACAAAGAUCAAAGUAUUACGUGCCAAUAACAGAUUGGUUACCGAAUUAUUCUUGGUCAUUAUUCUCUGGAGAUCUGGUUUCGGGUCUUUCAGUGGCAUGUCUGCUAAUACCGCAGUCCAUGUCCUACGCCAGCGGUUUGGCAGGCUUGAGUCCCUUAGCAGGUCUGUGGUCUACAGCAGUUCCUGCCUUGGCAUACGGAGCUCUUGGAACGUGCCGACAGCUAUCCAUAGGUCCAGAAGCAUCCUUAUCGUUGUUGAUGGGUCAAAUGAUCCAAGACGCUGUCUUUGGAGAUCCUCAUCGCAAGCCCAAACAUCCAGAACUAAAUGCUGCUGCCUUAUCCGUCAUGGCAACUUUUCAGAUCGGUCUCAUCACCAGUAUCUUAGGUCUACUCCGUCUCGGAUUUCUGGAUGUGGUGCUAUCGAGAGCUUUACUACAUGGCUUCAUAUCUGCCGUCGGUAUCAUCAUCUUCAUAGCCCAGUUGAUACCAAUGCUAGGAAUGGAUCUUAUCCUGGCUCAUCCCGAAAAUGCAGAAGACGCCCCCAGUCUUCCAUUACAAAAAUUAAUGUUCACUCUUCGCCAUCUCGAUCAUGUGAAUAAACCAACUAUGAUCCUCUCCUUCACUUCACUGGCAUUUCUGAUCGUUGCUCGAGUCGUCAAACAGAAAGUCGUGCAAAGACCAGGUGGAACAUGGGUUAAAUAUAUACCAGAAAUCUUAGUACUUUGCGUUACGUCGACUGUGCUUUCAGGUGUACUUAAUUGGGAUGAGAAAGGUAUAGAUAUCUUAGGACAGAUCAAAGGUGAGGCUGCUGUACCUUUUGGUUGGCCAUUGAAUGCGAGAUCGUUGAAAUAUUUCAAUUAUACUCUGCCCACUGCUUUCGUAUCUGCCGUCAUCGGUGUGGUAGACUCGAUAGUGGCAGCGAGAGAGAAUGCUAUGAAGUAUGGAUAUGCAGUUAGCCCAAAUCGAGAAUUGGUAGCUCUUGGCGCCGCAAAUCUCACAUCUUCUUUCUUGACUGCCACUGGAUGCAUCCCAAUAUUCGGAUCUAUCACUCGAUCAAGACUGAAUGGUCAAACCGGCGGUAGAACUCAAAUGUCAAGUAUGAUUUCGAGUGCGACCAUGAUUAUGGCUAUUUACUUUUUAUUACCUUACCUAUACUAUCUUCCUAAGGCAACUCUGGCCGUUAUCAUCACCCUUGUUGUAUAUAGCAUCCUGGCCGAAGCACCUCAUGAGAUCAAAUACUUUUACAAGAUGCGAGCUUGGACCGAUUUCAUGCAAAUGACAGGAACUUUCCUCUUGACCUUAUUCUUCUCUAUGGAGAUCGGUCUCGUAGCUUCAGUUGUCCUUUCAUUGAUUCUUGUAGUUCAAAAAUCAUCUCAACCAAGAAUUCAAAUCAUAGGUAGAUUACCACGAUCUGAUCAAUGGGCUCCAGUGGAUGAAGAUGAAAAUGCUCAAGAGGAGAUUCCUGGUGUUCUCGUAGUGAGAAUCAGAGAGAGCUUAAGUUUCGCAAAUACUGGUCAAUUGAAAGAACGGUUGAGAAGACUUGAAUUGUAUGGACAUGGUAAAGCGCAUCCAAGUGAUGAACCAAGAAGAGAAUCUGCCAAAGCUCUGAUCAUGCAUAUGGGUGAAGUACAAGAGAUUGAUGCCUCAGCCAUUCAGAUCCUUUUCGAACUCACUAGGGCUUAUCAUGAACGUGGCGUCGGAGUUCAUUUCGCUUCAAUAAAGCCUACCCAAAUUGAUAAAUUCAAAAUUGUAGGAAUGACCCGACUUCUUGGUCCAACACAUUUCCAUAACAACUUGCAGGACGCAAUGAGAGAGAUCGAAUCUUUGGGUUAUGGUACAAGUAUAUUCUCCAGAUUCUCGCAGUGA